AUGUCGUCUGCUACGGACAAGACUGCAUCUUCCUCCUCCGCGUGGAGGGCCCCGUCGUGGUUCAUCAGCCACGGCGGCCCGCCCACCAUGUUCAUGGGAACGCAUCCGGCCUACCAGCAAUGGGCCAAGCUGGGAGACGAGAUGAAGUCGCUCCACAGCGAGGGCAAGCUCAAGGGCCUCGUCUUCGUCAGCGCCCACUGGCAGGCCGACGACCUCUCCGACGGCGUCUACGUCAACACCGACCCGAGCAAUCCGCUAAUCUACGACUUUGCCAACUUUCCGCCAAGCUUCUACGAGGUCAAGGUGGCAUCGCGCAACCCGCCCGCAUUCUCGUCGGCCGUCAUCGAGCACCUCGAGUCGAGGGGGAUCAAGGCGGUGCCGACGCACCGAGGACCCGACCACGGCGUCUGGGUGCCACUCAAGGUGGCCUUUGGCGAUGGCCGCCCGGACUCGCACUCAAGCGCCCUGCCGGACGACCUGCCGUUGGUGCAGGUCUCGCUGCCUCGGUCCGAGGAUCCGCUCGACUCGCUCCGACUCGGCCGGGCGCUGCGCGGCCUGCGAGACCGCGGCUUCGCCGUCGUCGGCGGCGGCCAGGCCGUGCACAACCUGCGCGACUUUGGCCGCCGACGCGCCACGGGCGACCUUACGCUGCCCGAGUACUCCAAGACCUUCCCACCGGCCCUGACGGCGGCCCUCGUCGGCUUCGGCGACCGCGGAUCGAGCGACGCUACCGCUAUUGCUGCUGCUACUGCCGCUACCGCUGCCGCUGCUGCUCUCCAGGAUCAGUGGACCAGUGCAAAUGAGGCGAAAUGGAGCAAGGCCCUCACUCUGGACAAGAGGGCCGACUUCAGGCUGGCCCACCCGACAUACGAGCACUUCCUGCCUACGCUGGUCUCUCUUGGCGCCUCGUUCCCGCACGAGUCGGGCGAAGAGAUCCUCGGCACCAACGAGGGUCCGCUGGCAUGGAACAUGUAUCGCUGGGACUCGCAGCCGUCACACCUGUGA